AUGCGCCAGUGCCUGCCUCCCGUUACCUCAUGCCUCUUGGCGCUCUUUACCGUGGGCCAUAUCACGGUUUCUCUAAUGCAUGGUUACCAUGCGCCAGUGCCUGCCUCCCGUUACCUCAUGCCUCCCGGCGCUCUUUACCGUGGGCCACAUCACGGUAUCUGUAAAUGCAUAGAUAACAUGCGCCAGUACCUGCCUCCUGUUAACCCCUACCUCCCGGCGCUCUUUACCGUGAGCCACAUCACGGUUUCUCUAAUGCAUGGUUACCAUGCGCCAGUGCCUGCCUCCCGUUACCUCAUGCCUCCCGGCGCUCUUUACCGUGGGCCACAUCACGGUAUCUGUAAAUGCAUAGAUAACAUGCGCCAGUACCUGCCUCCUGUUAACCCCUACCUCCCGGCGCUCUUUACCGUGAGCCACAUCACGGUUUCUGUAAAUCAUGAUCACCAGGCGCCAGAGUCUGCCUCCUGGCUCUUCUUGCCGUGGGCCACAGCACGGUUUCUGCAAAAGCAUGAUCACCAGGCGCCAGAGUCUGCCUCCUGGCUCUUCUUGCCGUGGGCCACAGCACGGUUUCUGCAAAAGCAUGAUUACCACGCGGCAGUACCUACCUCCUGUUAUUCACCGCCUCUGGCUCUUUUUACCGUGGGCCGCAUCACGGUUUCUUGGAAUGAGCUAGGAUGGUCAGCAGAUCUCUAA